UCACGAUUUUUGAGAUUGAACAACGUAAUUUGGUCGUUUCAUGUGAUGUAUAAGAUUCAUUAAGUCAACGGGCACAAAAAUACUGGUAAGGUCGGUUUACCGUCACUCUCUGGGGAAUUUCGAAGCUUAGUUAAAAAGUAAAACGGUUGUUGACAAAGGAAACGCCAAGGUCUUAGAUACGCCGAAAACAGUAUGUCGCUAAAUUCUGUUGAUACCCACGUACAAUUAGCAUCCAUAAUGGAGAGAUUUGCAAAAUCCGCACUGGCAGAGAUGACUAAAAUCAUCGACAACGACUCUGCAAUUUUACGCUCGGAGAUUUCACGGAGGCAAAUGGAGAUCGAGUCCCUUUGGUGUAAACUGCAAUUUGCUGAGAGCGAGCUGAAAGCAGCCAGACAAGCAAAAAACAGACAGAUCCGCUCCGUGGGCAUUCAAGUCAGCGACGACACACCUGGACAGCAAGCUCAUCUGAACGACUCUGACCUGGAUGUUCACAUUAUAGAGAGCGAAACUGAGUCUUUUCAAAUCAAAGAGGAGAGGCCAGAGAGGGAGUCCUGGAACAGCAGAGAGGCAACAGGUCCAGAGGCUCAGGAGGGCACGGUCUCCUGGGAGGAGGAGAGAGACACGCCCAGCACACCUGAAGAAGGGAGUGAGUAUAAUCUGCCCCACGAUUCAAAGCCCUCUGGUGUUUGGGACUCACCCGUAACAGAGGAGUUCAGCACAAACACUGUGCACAGGGUGGAGGCUGCACCAGACUCAGUUCACAUAAGACCAGGGCCUCAAAGCACGAGCCUGUAUCCCGCGUCCGGCGAGGACGUGGAGAUGCAGCCCAACCCGGACGCCGAGUCCAACGCGAACGUCCAACAGAGGCACGCGGCCGGGAUCGCGAACUACACCGCGAACCGGUCGGCGUCCCCCGGCGCGGAGCCGAGGUUCGACCCGGUCCGCGCCGCAGAGAAGAGCUCCUGCUGCAAUCUGUGCGGAAAGACGUUCACCACGCGUUUCUACCUGAAGAUCCACCAGCGCAUCCACAGCGGGGAGAGACCGUACACCUGCCCCCAGUGCGGGAAGAGAUUCUACUGCAAUUCCCACCUCAUCUCGCACCAGCGUUCGCACACCGGGGAGAAACCGUACAGCUGCGAGGAGUGCGGCAAAUCCUACUCGCAUUUGAACUCCCUCAAACUGCACCAGCGGAGUCAUACGGAGGAGGCUGCGUUUGGUUACUGGUGAUACGGAAAAACGGUUCGCGCUGGUUGUUACGGUGUUUGGUGGUUUGACUGACGUGUGAGAUUAAAGCGUGUUUACUGCCAUGUAGAUUAUUCCAUUAUGAAAAGAUUCACUGCCGUGUUU